CUAGAGCCUCUCGUCCUCCAAUUGUUAAAACUCGGGACGCGCUUGACAUAAGGGGCAUACUUCUCGGAGACUUCUGGACCGCAACUUUGACACGCAGAGAGAAAUGUUCUGCACAGGGAUUUCAGUAGGCUACCUUUCUGAAGUUUGUGGACAAUACAACUGUAUUAAAGGGAUUUGAGCCUCAUAGACACGUCGAUAAAGUGGAUAAGAAAUAGCACUGUUUUGAGCACAUUUCGGGACUUCAUUUUGCCAGAUUACACAAGGACUCCACUAUGGCGCCCUUCCUCCCCCUCCUCCUCCUCCUCUCCUCCUCUUCCUCUGUCCUCUCCAGUGACUGUCCAGAGGAUUGCUCUUGUCAGGCCCAGGGUUCCAUCUUCUGCAUCCACCGUCGUUCCACCGUCGUCCCCCGCGGCCUCCCUUCCUCUGUGAAACAUCUCUACGUCUUCCAGAACGGCAUCAACACUUUAGCCCAGGAUGACUUCACAGGCCUGGGGGAACUGGAGAUGCUGGACCUGUCCCAGAAUAAACUCACGGAGGUCCCGGAUGGGGUCUUUGAAACGCUAUCUUCGCUGAGGAAUCUCGAUUUGUCCGCAAACUACAUUACCCACAUCGCCAAGGAUAGCUUCUCCGGAUUGGUGCAACUCGAGAGGCUGUAUCUCCACGGCAACCGCAUCAAGAGCAUCCAUUCGGAGGCCUUCGAGGUUCUGGAGGAUCUUCUGGAACUGAAGCUGCAGGGGAACCAGUUGACCGGUCUCCCAAUGCUCCGUCUCCCCAGGCUUCUCCUCCUUGAUCUCAGCUUCAACUCUCUCCCGACGCUGGGUCCCCAAGACCUCCAGACCCCCCACCUCGAGUCGCUCAAAGUGGCUGCGUUGGGGCUCACCACCCUGGACUCAGAUCUGAUGGCCUCCCUGGGGAACCUCCAUGACCUUGAUGUGUCCCAGAACCAGCUGGAAGGGAUGCCUGAAGCAUUGAAGGCCACCCGGGGGCUUAUCAAGCUCAGCCUGGCUGACAACCCCAUUGGGGAGCUCCGGAACGAGGACUUCCAGAGUCUGGUGGGUCUCCAGGAGCUGGAUCUCAGUGGGCUGAACCUCCAGGGCUUGCCCCAGGGUUUCUUCCAGCUCUUCCCCAGGCUGGGGCACCUCACGGCGGCCGAGAAUCCCUUCAACUGUCUCUGUCCUCUGGCCUGGUUCCCUGGCUGGCUGAAAGAGAAGAAGGUGGAUCUGGGACGCACAGAGGAGACAAGGUGCCACUUCCCACCAGUGAAUGCUGGCAAGGUGCUGGCGGAGCUGGACCAUCAAGAUUUCGGCUGUCCACCUACGACCACUGUCAUGACGAAUGCCCUAGGGGAGGGGAGUACUUCCGCACCCCCCAUUCCGACUACAUCCCCUGGAAACACACAUACCAACGCCAUCCCCCCACCUCUGCCAUUCCCUAGUGAUGAACCAUCCUCAACGGAGACAGAUAUUGAGAGUCGUCCCCCUCCUCCAGCUUCUCCGACGACCGCUUUCAGGGAUGAGGGCCACAUCUGCCCGCCGAACAUCUGCCUCAAUGGGGGUACGUGCCGCUUCGAUCCUCUGGGACAGCUUGGAUGUCUCUGUCCCCGCGGAACUAUGGGCUUGUACUGCGAGAACCUGGAGUUGUCUAACCACAACCAGCCACCUCUCCAAACCUCCGCCCCCGAGGUUUUGGCAUCCAUGGUUGCCCCCAUUGUAACCUCUGAUCCCAAUGACAUCAGUUCCCGUCAGGUGACCUCCACGUCCAUCCUCCUCGACCUGCACCGUUUCCUCGAGACGAGGCCGCACAUCCGUGGGAUUAAGCUGACCUACCGGAACCUCUCAGGGCCCGACCGGCGCCCCAUGUCCCUCAGUGUCCCCGCCUCGUACCCAGAAUACACCCUCCGAGGGCUCCGGCCCAACUGUACCUACUCGGUGUGCGCCAGCCCCCUGGCAGAGAGGGUGAACGGGGGUGGAGGCGGUGGAGGUAGCCCUACCGAGGGAGGGUCUUGUAUGGAGGCUCGUACCGAGGGAGGUCCCCAAGCUUCGUCCUUGGAGCCCCACGUGGAUGAUCAGAGCCAGUUCACCUACACCCUCAUCCCAGCCUUGGCUGCUCUCGCCCUUGUCACGGGGGUGGCGGUGGUGGCCAUCCUGGUUCUUUUCCUCCGGAGGAGACGGGCUCACAUGGCGCUGGAAGGGGGUGAGACGGGACCAAUGGAACUGGAGGGCCUUAAGGCUUGCCUGGAGAACGGCGUGGAGAACGGGGGCACCCUACCCCACAAGGGAGCGGAUAUCGCCCCCUGUCACACCUCCAUCCCGACCCAGCCACAAAAUGGCGGAUCGUCACAUCCCCUUCCACAAAAUGGUGGUUUAGAAUAUGAGGCCCCCCUCAUGAAGGGACAGGGGCACUGUCCAUCGAAUAAUAAUGUGGCAUCCUUGAAGCCAUCGUAUUUCUAGAAACUCAGUCUGUUGUCUUCAUGGACUUCUUAAUAUUUCUCAAUGAGACUCAAUGUACUCAAUGACAUUCAGAGCUAUGGAAUGGAACAGAAGUAACUACCCCUGUAGAGGGUAACGCUACGCCCGUUAUCUCUAAGUGGAUGGGAGGACUCUACCAUUAUGAGGCAGUGAAAGGGGGGUGUUUUAGCUCAUCCAGCAGAGUUCAAGUUGAUAGAAAUGUAACAAGUAUUUAAACCUAAAGUGCAAUCGCCAUGCCAAAAAGGGUCUAUCUUAUAAUCGGACUGAAAACGGAAGUGCCUUCUUGCAUUGACAUGAUAUGCUGUAAUAAUGAUGCUUUUAUUUUUGAAAUGUUGAUGUUUUGAAAAGAGCUGCAUUGAAUGAGUUUGAAUCCUUUUGCUGGAUCAGGAGAUUGGGAGAGCAGGGCUUGUGGAGGUAUGGGGAAGGCACAGAGUCAAGGUUGGGAGGACUAGAGGUGGGGUGCAGAGGUAGAGAUAGAGACACAGGUGUGUGUGUGCUCUGUAGACUGUUCAGCACUUCCGGAAAUGAACGAGGCACCCCUCCCCACCUGCCCCCUGGGAGAACUUGCACUGAAGAGAAGAGAAACUCUCUGCAACAUUACAACACUUCCCAGAGACUUAACCUAAGGUAGUGAAAUGCUGAUUCUGUAGAGAUGGUACCACGGACAGAAUACAGUUUUAGACGACAUUACCACCAGUCAGAUUUCCCUUCAUCCUGCUACCCCCCCCUCCAACGAACUGUUAUUAUCAACCCACACCAGGGUUGAUCAACUUGCUGUGAAAGGCAUGUGGACUAAAUGGAGAGAAAAGACAAGGAGACCCUAUUCCCUUUAAGUGUGUUACUUUUGACCCUUUAAAUGUUGACAUUUGAGUCAUUUAGCAGACGCUGUUAUCCAGAGGGACUUACAGUUGGUGCGUUCAUCUUAACUAGGUGGGACAACCACAUUUCACAGUCGUAGUGAGUACGUUUUUCCUCAAUAAAGAAGGUAUCGGUCAAGUCAGUGCUAGUGGGGAAAAAAACUAGAAAAGACUAGUGCUCUGGUCAAAAGUAGUGCACUAUACAGGGAAUGGGGUGUCACUUGGGACGUAGCCUCUGUCCUUAGUGGCGUGGUCAGUAGCUGUGAUGGACGCUAUUUGAAGGUUGUUGUCGAGCGGCUUUCAUAUGAUGUUUUUGUCAUGUGUUUUGUAUGUAUUUUUUUAAUCAUGGAUUUCUCUGUUGCUGUCAUGCUGUUUCUCCUGUCUUGUUGUCGUCAGAAAUGUUGCUGUCAUGCUGUUUCUCCUGUCUUGUUGUCGUCAGAAAUGUUGCUGUCAUGCUGUUUCUCCUGUCUUGUUGUCGUCAGAAAUGUUGCUGUCAUGCUGUUUCUCCUGUCUUGUUGUCGUCAGAAAUGUUGCUGUCAUGCUGUUUCUCCUGUCUUGUUGUCGUCAGAAAUGUUGCUGUCAUGCUGUUUCUCCUGUCUUGUUGUCGUCAGAAAUGUUGCUGUCAUGCUGUUUCUCCUGUCUUGUUGUCAUGCUGUUUCUCCU